AAGGCACUGCUCUCAGCAACGCACACUUCCUCUCCAGGAGUACACCGAGAGAGCACAGGCUCAGAGAGCUCCAGUCGCGGCCGUCCUGUCCUUGUCAGACGACGGAGACAUGUCCGAACAAAGUAAGGACUUGAGCGACCCUAACCUUGCAGCCGAGGCCCUGAACUCCCAGAUGCAUGACAGCCCUGGGGUUCCUGCAGGAGUCCCUCCUCCUCCUGAGUCCCCUGCCGCGACCCUCGGCGGGCCGUCCACUGCUCCCGUAGGCCCGACGGCAUCCCCGCAGGCCGCGCCGCCUCCUGAAGAACGGUUCGAAGACAUCGACCCUAAGAUCCUGCAGCAAGCCGCUGAGGAGGGCCGCGCCCACCAGCCCCAGAGUCCACCCCAGCCGCUCCCAGCACCACCAGCCCCAGCCCAGCUGGUCCAGAAGGCGCAUGAGCUCAUGUGGUACGUGCUGGUCAAGGACCAGAAGAGAAUGAUCCUCUGGUUUCCAGAUAUGGUGAAAGAUGUCAUGGGCAGCUACAAGAAAUGGUGCAGAAGCAUCCUCAGGCGCACCAGUCUCAUCCUUGCCAGAGUUUUUGGGCUGCACCUGAGGCUGACCAACCUCCACACUAUGGAGUUUGCCCUGGUCAAAGCCCUCAGCCCCGAGGAUCUGGACAGGGUGGCGCUGAACAACCGCAUGCCCAUGACAGGCCUCCUGCUUAUGAUCCUGAGCCUCAUCUAUGUGAAGGGCCGUGGUGCCAGAGAGAGUGCCGUCUGGAAUGUGCUGCGCAUCCUGGGGCUGAGGCCCUGGAAGAAGCACUCCACCUUUGGGGAUGUGAGGAAGCUCAUCACAGAGGAGUUCGUCCAGCAGAAUUACCUGAAGUACCAGCGUGUCCCCCACGUUGAACCUCCGGAGUACGAGUUCUUCUGGGGGUCCCGAGCCAGACGAGAAAUCACCAAAAUGCAAAUUAUGGAGUUCCUGGCUAGGGUCUUUAGGAAAGACCCCCAGGCUUGGCCCUCCAGAUACAGAGAGGCUCUGGAGGAGGCCAGAGCUCUGCGGGAGGCUAAUCCUGCUGCCCACUGCCCCCGCAGCAGUGUCUCUGACGACUAGAACGGUCCUGUGGCAGAUUAAUGGUUUCUGACCCGUACCUGGGCUGUGUAAGGGUGGGGCUGGUCAUUAGAGCAUUGAGGAUUUACAGUGCAGUAUAUCACAUGUAACUUUUAAGUUUUCAGUGCAGUGCUUUUAUACCUUUUAAUGCAAUGUUGUAUUCAUUUGGGUACUGUGGAGUAGUGUUUAGGUUUCUGCAUGUUUGCUUACAAGUAUGCAAGUUGGUGCUUUGCUUUUGUGCUACCUUCCUUGAAUUUUUGUUCAAGAGAUGUGCUAAACUUGUGAAAUACAUUGAGAAAUUGUGCAUCUUUCUCUUUUGUAUGGGACUGAUGACCUGUACUGGCAAAGAAGACUCGGGAGAUUUGGAGGACUCACCAGCAACACAGGCCUGACCAUAAGAAAAGUCAAGGCCUUUCUCCAUAUGACCUCAACCGGCAACUGGAAACAUCCAUGUGAAAUGGACUGGUCUGAACUGGAAUGGUUUCACUGUGGGCACUUGGCACACUCUACUAAAUGUGUAUAACCAGCACCCCCCCAAUAAAUAAAAUAUAAAGUAAGCAUCAAA